GUAUUAGACUUCAGUAGAGUUCGGCUUCAUUGACCUGCUGGUCGCUUUAAGGAGGCUGCGGUGUUUAUUAUAAGGUGAGGAACCAGGAGAGGAACCAGGAGAGGAACCAGGAAAGGAACCAGAAUUGUGACUGUCUGGACUCUUUUCUGUACAGUAGAUGAGGACUUAAAGGGAGUUUUUGGAUUCACCGAAAAUGAAACGAGUGAAAGCCACGAGGAGAUGAAUUUAACACCUGCACAUCCUGAUGGAGAAACAUCUGGUUCGUCCCUCCAGGAGCAUGCACACACUCAUCCAUCUGACCUGCUUCUCCUUUUGGAGGUACAUAAAAUCCCGCUGGAGAUCCUCUAUGUCCAGGAGAGCUUUACUCCUCACCUUUGCCUGCUUGUUUUACCUCUUCUGCUUGGAGUUGUGGAUCAGCCAUGGAGAUCAUGACCAAAAACUGACCAAAAGCAGGAGACGGAUGUUGGAAAGGAUUCCCGGUUCUCCUUCUCCAGCACGCUCCAAUGUGGUCUACAUCACCCUCAAGUCCAAAAAACACAAACCCUCUAUCCUGAGGGCAACGUUGCGCCCCAAAUCACGCAGGAAGAAGGUGAGGAACAGGAAAAACCAAAUCCAAGGUGCAGCUCAAAUUCAGGUAGAAGAAACACUAAGACUUGGUGACUCUAGAGACCCCUGGAGGCAAACUCUCUAUUCAUUUUAUAAACCAAAUCAGCUCAGUGAUGAUCACGACACUGGAAGCUCCAUCCGGAUGUACAGCCAAAAAUCUCCACCGUGGUUCAGCCAAGCUGAUAUAGAAACCAUGCGAUUCCUCUCCAAGUGCAAAAUUGGCCGUGUGGAAGUUCUCGAACCGGAGAACACUUCUCCUGUGCUCCUGUUUAAGAGUGUGAGAAGCUUUAAUCAGAGCUCAGCCCACUCAGGAGAGUGUGUUGGACAAUGUGGAGUUAUUAAGAGACCUGAGGAUAUAAGUGAAGUGUUUGCUUUUCACCUGGACCGAGUUUUAGGGCUCAACCGUAGUUUAGUGACCAUCAGCAGGAGGUUCCAAGCUCUGGACGGUCAGCUGUGUCCCGUCACCCCGUACGACCCAUCUGUUGUUGCGGUGCCCCAGUCGAGGUCAGGUUCUCUGAGGUGGAGCUUAUAUCAGACGUGGUUACAGUACCGGUGCUGGCAGCGCGGCGUUCCCAAACCCGAGUGGAGCUGCAGCAGCCUCCAUCACCACGAGUGGAGCAAAGUGACGCUGUUUGACUUCUUGCUGCAGAAUCACCAGCGGCUGGACAGGAACUGCUGCGGCUUCAGGCCACGCCCACAGGACAGCUGUGUCCAGCUCGGCUAUCACAGAGAGUGUGGUAACGAGGACAAGCUCGAGCUUUCACACAUCGUGCAUCGCAAGAAGGACCCGAGACGCCUCGUCUAUGUCAACAACAACGCCUUCUUCGACCGGGAUGAAGAAAACCUGGACUUCAAACUGCUCGAAGGAAUUAAAGAACUCCCUGAUGUAGCAGUGAGUGUGUUGCGCUCUCAGCAUCUUAGACAGAACCUCCUACAGUCCCUGUUUGUGGACGAACAGUUCUGGGAGAAUCAGGGAGGACGCCAAGGCAUCGACAAGCUCAUUGAUGUCAUCGAGAGACGCGCGAGAGUCUUACUGCGCUACAUUAACGCUCACGGCAUCAACGUCAUCGCCAUGAACUCCUGAGCAAACACAAGACAUGUCUUCGGUAGUUCAUUAAUUAUUACCUUUAAUUAAUGUUCAACAGUCACAUCAGUGUAGAGGUCACUUCCUUUCACCACAUCAUCAUCAUCAUCAUCAUUUUUCUAAUCAUUGGUCUACUGUAACAAAUCUAAUGUCUGUUUAUAAAGAAAUGUAUUUGGCCAAAAAUAAAUGUCCACCGUCUCAUCAGA